AUGGACAUAGAACGCCAAGAAGCUUUGUUAAAUAGUGACACACAAGUGGCAAUUGCCUUUAUGAAUGCAAGGGCUGCAGAGGAACUUGAUUUCUUUUGCAAGUUCUGCGUGGAUGAGCAAGGCAGGCUUGGAAACUUGUUUUGGAGAGACUCAUAUUCAUUGUUCGACUACACUAGGUUUGGGGACGUAUUGAUAUUUGACUGUACAUUCAAGACAAACAUUUACCAGAGGCCCCUAGCUGUGUUUGUUGGUGCAAAUAACCAUCGGGGUACUGUUUUAUUUGGAUCUGCAAUACUGGUUGAUGAUACCCUUGAUACCUACAAGUGGGCUCUGCGGACGUUUUUGGGUGCGAUGAAGGGCAAGAAACCAAUUUCUGUUUUGACCAACGGGGAUGACAAAAUACAAAAUGCCGUAGUUGAAGUUUUUCCCAAGGCCCGACAACGUCUAUGUUCGUGGCACAUCGAGAAGAAGUUAGCUACAAUCAUUAAGGACCCUGAUGUUGUGAGAGCUGUUACUCAAUUUAUUUACAAUGCUAUACCACCAGAUGAGUGGGAACUGGGAUGGAAGUCUAUGGUAGAGACCUACAGGCUUCAAGACAAUACGUGGAUUAAUAUGAUGUACCACAGGCGCAAGAGAUGGGCAGAAACAUUUUUUAAAGGCCAUUUUUUUGGCCGAAUGAGUAGCAUGCAACGCUGCCAGGGGAUCCAUAAGAAUCUGGAGACUGCAGUAAGUAAGUAUGACAGGUUUUGUGAAUAUAUAUCCCGGAUGGACAAGGCCCUCAGGAAAAUGAGAAACAUUGUCUGCGUCGAUGAUUUUAAAUGCGUCGAUGAUUUUAAAUGCGAGAACUCCAAGCCAGUCAUUAUUACUCACAUGCGAUCUUUGGAGCAGCAGAUAGCUGACAUCUUCACUCAUGACAUCUACUUCCUGAUAAUACACCAAAUAGAUUGGGAGAGAAAAUACAUAAUCACCAAGUCUGAGCCAUAUGCAGGAGGGGACGGUAAAGUGUUUCACCUGACCCAAUAUGACUUGCCGCACAGAAGUUGGACUGUUAAUUACCACCAUAAUAUAAGCAAAGUGUGGUUCUUGUGUUCAUGCAAACUAUUUCAGUCAGACGGAAUCCCUUGUGCUCAUAUUUUUUCUGUAAUGAAAGCGGAGCUGAUAUUGAAGUUACCCGAGUCCUUGAUUCUGAAGCGAUGGACAUUGGAUGUAGGGAAGCCAGUGAAUUUGCAUAACUUGUCUGACAGGAAUUUGCAAAUGGUAAGGUAUGCAUCCUUGGCUUCUGAAAUCAAAAGUAUCUGCUUCCCAGCAUCUAUGAGUGAAGAAGCAACCAAGAAGUUGAAAGGUGAAAUUGCCAAGCUGGCCCGUGAGCACACGGAGAGCCAAACACACAGUGGAUUGCAGAAUUUGAUACAUCGUCACCAACUUCACGUUGGUUCAGAUGCCCACAGCUUUACCAGAUGUUCAGUUGGCAUCAAUGCCGAACAGUACGCUCGUAGUCUUCCCCCUGGUGAAUUCAGAACCAAUUUCUUUUGA